GGCCGCUCCGUGCCCAUCAUCAUUUGCAUCUGUAAUCGACUUUGCUGCGCGUCGAUUCAUCAUCAUCCUCCAUCUUCAUCAUCAGCGAAUCGGUCCCCCGAGAUUAGCAUGCUAGAAACCCGACGACAAUAGAGCGCACACGGUAAACUCUCUAGCACCCGACCUCCUCACCACUACCACCCUCUCUCGACCCCAUCUUCAUUUGAACUCGGCGCAUUCUCCUCUGCGAAAAGCGACUCUCAACAUCACCAGCACAAUGUCUCGUCCCAACAAUGAGGAGCCCGUCCCUCUCCUCUCCUCCGAGGAGAGAGAUCUCGAGACCAAGGGCGAACUCGACCUCGAGAGCCAUGCCGGCCGCGCCGAGCCCCCCAAGAACCAGAACCUCGAGCACGAGUACUCGAUCCCCAGCACAGUCAAGUUUGCUUGGCUCGGCACCUACUUCUUCUUCUCGCUUCUCCUGACUCUGUACAACAAGCUGGUCCUGGGAAUGUUCCACUUCCCUUGGCUUCUGACCUUCCUCCACGCUUCUUUCGCCAGCGCUGGUACCUAUGUCAUGAUGCAGUUGGGCUACUUCAAGCUGUCGCGACUGGGUCGCCGUGAGAACCUCGCCCUGGUCGCCUUCAGUGCCCUUUUCACCGCCAACAUUGCCGUCUCCAACCUGUCUCUGGCCAUGGUUUCCGUUCCCUUCUACCAGACCAUGCGCAUGCUGUGCCCGAUCUUCACCAUCCUCAUCUACCGCGUCUACUACGGCCGCACCUACAGCAGCAUGACCUACCUCUCUCUGCUGCCUCUCAUCAUUGGUGCCGCCAUGACCACUCUGGGUGAGAUGAGCUUCACUGAUGCUGGUUUCCUCCUCACCAUCCUCGGUGUUGUUCUUGCUGCUCUCAAAACCGUCGUCACCAACCGAUUCAUGACUGGCUCCCUCGCCCUGCCUCCCAUCGAGUUCCUUCUCCGCAUGUCUCCUCUCGCUGCUCUCCAGGCUCUGGCUUGCGCCACCGCGACCGGUGAGGUUAGCGGCUUCCACAAGCUCAUCACCUCGGGCGACGUCUCUCUCCCUCCCGCCUUCGCCUCGCUCUUCGGAAACGGUUUCCUCGCUCUGCUGCUCAACAUCUCUUCUUUCAACACCAACAAGCUUGCUGGUGCCCUCACCAUGACUGUUUGCGGUAACCUCAAGCAGUGCUUGACCGUUGCCCUCGGCAUUGUAAUCUUCGAUGUGACCAUCGACCUGCUUAACGGAGCUGGUAUGGCUGUCACUAUGCUUGGUGCUGCCAUCUACAGCAAAGCCGAGCUCGAUAACAAGAACCGAAAGAGCCAGCAGGCUGCUGCCGCUGCCGCCGCCGCCUACAAGCCCGUCGACCAGCAGGUCCGGUAGAACAGACUUGUGUUGGAAAUCAAUACCCCCCGCUUUUUAAUACAUGACCUUUUUUAUAGAUGAUCGGGUAAGGGGGCCAGCGAAGACAAAGGAAAGGGGAAGCACUUCUUUUGGCGUCUUGCUAUGCUUGCUUUCAUUUUGGGAUUCUCAUUGGGUGCGUCGGGCACGGGAUGGAUCUCUCUCUGGUAAAGCAUUCUUCUCCUCGCCUGUUGUAAACUUUUUUGAUAUACGGUGGUCCUCCACGGGCUGUUUUUUUUCGCUCAGCAGAGCAAAAUGGGGUCAAAGAGAUUGGGAUGUUUUUUCUUUACUGUUGUCAUGAUCAUGGGCUAUGGCUUCUUUUUUCCAGAAACACGCAGGGCCAAAGAUGUCCUGUGGCUUUCUUGUACAACUUCGGUUGUUGUUUCUUCUUUUUUCUUGGAUAGGGUCUGCUUUCCUGAGUAAAAAUAGACACUCUACAUU